AUGGAACAAACAGUCACAAUCACUCACGGUAAAGACGAGCUCCUGGAUGCCGUCGCUAGCUUGAACGGUCGCGUCUUUGACACUGACCCCGUCAUCGCGUACAUGCUGCUGGGCAUGUCUCAGGAAGAGCGACUCGAAUACCUGCCGAUUUACUGGACCAAGUUGAUCAAAUCGGCCCUGCUCAACGAUGCGCUGAUUACUGAAGCCGACGGGUGGAAGGCCGCGUCCGUCCUAGUACCACCGGGAAGAUACGUUGAUAACACGUGGUCAUUAAUCUGGGCUGGCUUCCUCUCCGUGCUCUGGCGGAUCGGGUUUACGGGCACCAAGCGAGUCUGGACGGAGUUCUCCGGAAUGACCGAUAAUGCGAAACGCAAAGGUCUCCGAGGGCAGAAAAAGUACUACUAUAUCUUCAGCAUCGGUACCGAGCGCGAGCAUCGAGGCAAGGGUGAGCAACCUGGUCGUGUCCAACACCUUGUCGACAUAUCACUGAUAUACCUCAACACAGGGCUCGCGAGUGCUAUCAUCCGAAAUCACCAGCAGACCGCACAGGCUGAGAAUCUUCCCAUCUGGCUCGAGGCUACUACAUCUGGCUCCCGCCAACUUUAUCUCUCGAUGGGGUUUGAGGAUGUGGAAAAGAUUGUUCUCGGGCAGGGCAAGGUCGCUGCAGAUGCCAGCAUUCAGCCAGGUGGCCCCGGAGUUUCCUUAUGGGCCAUGGUAUGGUGGCCGAAUUCAUCCCGAGUGCCGCCUGCUUCGUAG